AUGACAUUGAAAAGACGGCAGCAAGGGGGUACAACGGCCACGCUGCGACAUUCCGGGACAUUUUGCGGGAGAGUAAGACCUGGAGACGGCUUGGGCUGGGCAUCAUUUGAUCCAUCCAGACAGAACUCGGCCAAGUACCUGUCUCUCGUUGGCUACUCCCGCAGAUACUUUCAUGCCAACCUCCCACCACGCAGCUUAGCCUGUAAGAAGCGAAACUCAAUGAUGAACCCGGUCCCGUACCUGUACCUGUACCAAGAUAGGUACCUUACCAAUACUCGUACUCACCUCGUGCGUCUCUGCCCGCGUGCAAAAAAGGGAGCUGGAGGCGGUCAGGUGAAAUUCCAUCUGCGCCCAAAACUACCUAGGCAGCAUUUCGAGCAGUACGAGUAUGUAUUACUCAAAAAUCGCGAGAGAAAAGAAUGGGAAUAUGCUGGAGCUCCGCUGGUUGGUUGCAUGUACCAGGUACUGCUGGGCACGGAGCAGCGCUUCGGACGAGGUACUUCGUAAAAAAGGCGUCCGUGCUCCUCAAUAUCUUGGACGAAACGGCCCCAGGCAGUGAUCAGCUGUGGAUCUAACAGUUGGAGUAAUGGCAGAAGAAAAUGGAAGGGAAAUGGAAAAAAAAGUAUUGAAAGUGAAAUGGCCUGGCCCAUCAAAGACCCUUGGACAGGCCCAGCCCAGCUACUGUAUGUACAAGCUACAGUACGGAGCAAUAUUUGCCCAUCCAUUAUUUCCCGCCCAGCUGAGCGGGAAGUACCCGACUACGAGUAUACUCGUACUUGCAAAUGGUGCUAGGCAUGAAAUUAAGUGAGUGCUCCGUAAUGACCUAGCGGGACCCAGAUGGGGG